GUUGGAAGACUUUCAAGACCCGAAAAUGGUUCAACAAAGAAGCAGACCUAUUGCACGCAACGUUGGUCGUCUCACCCGCACUCAACUCUACACCAAGCGUGGUCUCUUCAAGGGUCAAAAGAAGGCUGCUGCUCCAGCAAAGGAAGCCACUGAGGAGUUCAAGACCAAGAAGGUUGGUGGUGCUAAGAACGGUGGUGAGCGUAAGGUCCCAACCGUCAAGGCUAGAGCUUUCUACCCAGCCGAGGAUGUCGCUAUCCCAAAGAACUCACGUAAGACUCAACGCCCAACCAAGUUGCGUGAAUCUAUCACCCCAGGUACCGUCCUCAUCUUGCUCGCUGGUCGCUUCAGAGGCAAGAGAGUCGUCUUCCUCAAGCAACUCGACUCUGGUCUCCUCCUCGUUACCGGUCCAUUCAAGGUCAACGGUGUACCACUCCGUCGUGUCAACCAAGCCUACGUUAUUGCUACUUCAACCAAGAUCAACGUCGGUGCUGUUGACUCAUCAAAGGUAAACGACGCUUUCUUCGCAAAGGCUGCCGUCAAGAACGCUUCCAAGGAAGAGGCAUUCUUCGGUGACAAGGCCGAGAAGAAGGAGUACCCAGCUGAGAAAGCCCAAGAGCAAAAGAACGUUGACAAGGCGAUCCUCGCUGAGAUCAAGAAGGUUGACGGUCUUACCAAGUACCUCAACGCUUCAUUCGGUCUCUCACGUGGUGAAUUCCCACACGAACUCAAAUUCUAAGCGUGUAUUGACGAAUACAGACUUAUUUAGAUAAAAUGCAUUUUUAUAAGCCUGUUUUACUUUUUAAA